UGUUAUCAUAAAGUGACCAGAAACAAACCACAAAAGAAAACAUCUUACAUUAUUACAUGAUCCUUUUUUCAAUCUCUCCUCUUCCAAAGACAAAGACACCAAACAAACAAUCACAAUUUGGUUAUAGUUGCAGCAAUCAACAACAAUGGGUGUCUCUUUCCUCUCAACCUCAACUCUUCCUUCUUUCCUUCCACUUGGUUCUCAUAAUCCAAAAACAGCCACAACUAGAUGCCAACCUCGUUCUGUGACCAUUUGUUGUACUAAAAUCAAAACUGGCGUCACUGAUGAAGAAGAACAGUUACGUUGGAGACGAAGAGACGUUCUUAAAUGCAUUGGGGUUACCAUUGCUUUGGAAUCGAUAACAAGCUCUAGAUCGCUUGUUGAAAAAGCUAAUGCUGCUGAUCUGAUAGAACGCAGACAACGUUCUGAAUUUCAAUCUCAAAUUAAAGGAACACUUUAUACAGCCAUUAAGGGAAAACCUGAUCUUGUUCCAUCCAUACUAACACUGGCUCUAAAUGAUGCUUUGACUUAUGAUAAGGCAACGAAAACGGGUGGCCCAAAUGGCUCUAUAAGGUUCAGCUCAGAAAUAAGUAGACCUGAAAACAAGGGGCUUUCUGAAGCCUUGAACUUCAUAGAGGAAGCGAAAAAAGAGAUAGAUUCGUAUUCCAAAGGUGGACCCAUUUCCUAUGCAGAUCUCAUCCAGUAUGCAGCACAAAGUGCAACAAAGGCUAGAUUUUUAGCUUCUGCAAUUCGCAAAUGCGGUGGAAAUGUGGAGAAAGGGAAUUUACUGUACACUGCAUAUGGAUCAAAUGGACAGUGGGGUUUGUUCGAUAGGCAAUUCGGUAGGGCUGAUACUCAAGAGCCAGAUCCAGAGGGGAGAAUUCCAAUUUGGGAGAAAGCAAGUGUUCAGGAAAUGAAAGAUAAAUUUUCUGCAGUAGGUUUGGGUCCUCGCCAGCUGGCUGUCUUGUCUGCAUUCAUAGGUCCUGAUCAGGACGCAACAGAGACCUUAUUGGCAUCUGAUCCGGAUGUUGCUCCAUGGGUACAAAAAUACCAACGGAGCCGUGAAACUGUCUCACGGACAGAUUAUGAGGUUGAUCUGAUAACAGCAUUCACGAAAUUGAGUACCUUGGGCCAAAAUAUUAACUACGAGGCAUAUACAUAUCCUCGCGCGAAGAUCGAUAUUACCAAACUCAAGUUGUAAAAAUCGAGUACCAUAUCAUCUUUAUUUUCUUCCCCCAAGGACAGACUCACAGACCUUCAAUUUCAAGUUUUGACUUGUCUUUUCUCUUAUUAACUGAAAAAUGUUGAGCUUGUAUGCAAUUACUUAUUAUGCUCAUGUAGUGAGAUAGAACCAUAUCCUCUUAUUAAGUUGAAGCAAAACCAAUAUUGAAGAAUAGACCAGAAGUUUCAUUAUAUUACAUAGGCAUAAAGAUCAAUGUCA